AUCUGGCAUUUACCAGCUAAUAAAUCUGGUUCUCAAACUUGAGUUUGGGAGGGAGAGAACCAAGAGAGAUUUUGGAAAUUUUCUAGGGUUAGCAACAGGGGAGAACGAUACCCAAUUUACGAUAGCUGAUUCCUCGCCAAACAUCGCUGAUUGCUACUGACAAGAAGACGAAAUGGUGUUGGAAGAAGACCAAGAGCAAGACAAACCUAAUGAUAAUGCGUUGAAAUCAACAGACGACAACAGGUCAGAUGAAAAAGACUUAGAUGAUGUCGCUGUUGAAAGCCCAGAUGAUGCGAAUAAUGCAGAACAUGAUGAUAAGACGAGUGAAAUCGACGGCAUAGCGAACCAGUCGGAUUCGGUUGUAAUAGGCUCAAAAGAGGAUGUCAAGUUUCUAGACACAGAAGUAGCAGUUGAGAAACAGGAGCAAGUAGACAAUGGCGAAGAAGACCAUAUUCCAUCUCCAUCACCUUCUCCGACAGGCAGUGGUGGUGAAAAUGGUAAGAACAAAGACGAUGAACCAGAGGAGGAACAACAUCAACUAAACCCCGAGAGAUCACUGGUCACCAAGACAGAUUCAGAGUUUUCACCAGACGUGAAAGAGGAAAAGCUAAACACCGAGGGAUUAUCAGUCACUAAGAUCGAGUCGGAGUUGCUCCCACCGGAAAUGGAAAAUAGGGAAGAAGAGGCGGUAGAGGAUGAUUACGAGGCAGAAUUAAACAGUGUCACAGGGGUGGAGCGGCCACAACUGGCGUUGACAGUUGUAGAGGAGGAGGAGGGGGCUGAAUUCAAGACCCUACAAAACCACAAGUCAUUCCUCUUGGAUCCGAAUUCUUCUCUUGAAGAUGAAUCUGGUACAGAAGAGGACCAGGCGGCAUUCAUGAAGGAGCUUGAAGUUUUUCAUAAGGAGAGGUGUUUGGAGUUCAAGCCUCCAAGGUUUUAUGGAGAGCCAUUAAAUUGCCUCAAGUUAUGGAGAUCAGUGAUCAGACUUGGUGGCUAUGAACAGGUGACCUCAUGCAAGGUGUGGCGACAAGUGGGAGAAUCAUUUAAACCCCCAAAGACUUGUACAACUGUCUCGUGGACAUUCCGCUGUUUUUAUGAAAAGGCAUUGCUUGAAUAUGAAAAGUAUAAAAUGAGCAAUGGGGAGCUGCCAUUCACGGAUGCUGCUUCUACAGAACCUCCUUCUGGUGCAAAACAGACAAGUCAAAGUCAAACUCCUGGAUCAGGAAGGGCAAGGCGAGAUGCAGCAGCACGAGCCAUGCAAGGUUGGCAUUCACAGCGUCUUCUUGGUAAUGGUGAGGUUGGGGAUCCCAUCAUUAAGGAUAAGACUCCAAGCACGGCAAUAAAGCGUGAGAAACAAACCAUUGGUUUGUUGAAGCGUAAAAAACCAUCGUCAGUUGAGCGGGCGGUCAAAGUUGCACGCAUGAAAGCGUCAAAACCACAUUUGGACUCCAUGGUUGUGGACGUGGGCCCGCCUGCUGAUUGGGUGAAAAUUAAUGUUCAGAGAACUAAGGAUUGCUUUGAGGUGUAUGCCUUGGUUCCUGGGCUUUUGCGUGAAGAGGUGCGUGUACAGUCAGAUCCAGCUGGGCGGUUAGUUAUAUCCGGUCAACCAGAACAGCUGGACAACCCUUGGGGCGUUUCUCCUUUUAAAAAGGUUGUGAGUUUACCUUCAAGGAUUGAUCCUCAUCAAACGUCGGCUGUGGUGACAUUGCAUGGUCAGUUGUUUGUGAGAGUGCCAUUUGAGCAGUCAGAGGUGUAGAAUGAAUAGAUAUGGAUAUGCAUGCAGAUAAAUUGUUGACAAGGUUUUAGUGGUAGAAGGAAGAUAUGUUACUUUUUGUGCAGUUCAUGUUCAUGUUCUGAGUACUGUAUUUACUAUUAUUUAGUAUUUUAGUGAGAGGCUUAAUUCAAAACUUUUGACUUUUGGUGGGCUUGGUUCAUACUCAUAGACCCACAAAACAAACACUUGCUUAACACCAUAAAUACAACAAUUCGCAAA